UGAUAGUAACACGGUGUAAGAUGUUGUGUUAAGUACGUUUUGUUGUAAAUAAAUGUUGUUGCAGUGAUUGCCAUCGACGAAAAGUUAGUGUAGUAAGCUCAAGAUACUGUCAGUACCUUCUUCAGUUGUUUUUUUUUCGGCGAAAGAGUACUUGCAAUCGGUGAACGUAUACAGUUUAAUCUCACCGCUGACAACAGAAACAAACAGCCGCGAAUGAUAAGCGAUAUUUCGUUUCUCAUUGUGUGUUGAUCAAAGUUCAAUUGAAAACAUUACCAUUUUCGCGACACUCGUAACUGUUCCUCCUCGAGAAAUACAAAAAUGGCUUUCCAGCACAUUAAAAUUACCAACAAAGGGGCAUUGAGAAUUAUCACCAUAGACAAUCCGUCAAAGAAAAAUGCCCUGAAUAUGCAAUCUUAUCAAGACAUCGCUACUUCGCUCAAUGAUGCUGCAGCUGAUGAAUCGGUCAAUGUAGUCGCAAUAACUGGAGCUGGUGAUUUCUACAGUUCCGGGAAUGACCUUUCGUUCAGAGCAUCAGAUGAUGAAGAUAUAACGGAACUGAGAAAGAAAGCACAGAGAGUAUUGAGACUAAUGAUAGCCGCGUAUAUUCAGUUUCCCAAACUACUCAUCGCUGUUGUCAAUGGACCGAGCAUCGGCAUCGCGGCAACAACGGCUGCCCUUUGCGAUGUCAUUUACGCAACAGAAAAUGCUUAUUUCUACACUCCAUUUACAUUGUUGGGUCUAUGUGCCGAAGGAUCGUCGUCGUACACAUUUCCCCGGAUUCUUGGCACAUCGAAGGCUACCGAAAUGCUUCUGCUAAAUCAUAAAAUGAGUGCUAACGAAGCAUUGAGAUUCAAUUUCGUGUCGGAGGUCUUCACUUCAUCAGAAUUGGCAACGAAACUGUGGCCGCGUAUUGAAAGUUUCGCGACGUUACCGAAAAAUUCGAUGCGAGUUAGCAAACUUUUGUUGAAAAAGUUCGAAACAGAUCAACUGCUGAGGGCUUGUGAUGAAGAGAUGGCCGAAUUGUACAAGUGCCAAGACGGCGAAGAAUUUAUGAAUGCCGUAAUCAAUUUCAUGAGUAGAAAGUCAAAAUUGUAAGCGACGUCUUGGACUAUAUCGUGCAUUCAGUCGAAAUUUAUAUUUUUGUCACAUCUAAGAUGGUAAAUGGUUAUUGUUGAGAGGAAAUAAAUCCCUUAUUAUAUGAAAUAA